ACUACUUUCUCUUUAAUUUUUGUUUGGUGGUUACAAAGAGGGACUUAAUCGUGAUACGCAUUAAAAUGAAGGACAGAAGUGUCAGGGAGAUGAAACUUAUGAGCUAAAGCACAAAAUGAAAACCCUAAACGAAGUCGUUUUGGUGUAGGGGCGAAAAACAAAUAUGCUCACUCGCAGACGAUGGGCGGCAAGAGCGGAGGCCAGAGGGGAUUCCUCCCCCUUCCUCCCUCAUCCAUCACUUCUCCUUUCCAUCCCAUGCUGCAGGGAAUCUAGGGGGUGUAGGUGGGUGGCAGAUCUAGGGUGAAGAACAGUUGAGAUUGCGAGAAUGUAAUAGGAUGGCUGGGGCUCUGUUUCAACCUCCUCGGAUUUUGCCUAUAAAAGAAGGUUUUCGGGGAGCAGAAGGGGGGAACGAAGAGGAGAAGAAGAAGGCAAACGAAGAAAAAAAAACAUAGAGCGUGAAAAAAGGAUUCUGUAAGUUCAGAGAGUACUGGAAUUUUCGGGUUUGAGGAAUCGAAGGCAAAAGGCAAGUUCGAAUUUGGUUUCGGGAUCUGAACGUUAUUGCCGACUUUAGGGAUUUUUAGCUUCAGUUCAUUUUAUGUAAAUCACACAUUGAUAUUGGAUUAGAAAUCGAGUUUGUUGUUAAAUUUAUUGUAAUUUUAUUUUGAAAUUGUGAUAGGUGGUUGUUGAUGAUU